GAAGCCUUCCCUUCUCUUCUCUCUUAUAUCAUUCGGGAAAAGACGAGACCACGACACAAUGAGAUCUUCAUUUCAUUUUAAAUAAAAUCGCGUUUUCUCCUCUUAACCCAGACAUGGCAGAAGAAGAAGAAGAAUCGGAGCUCAGCGAUAAGCACAAGGUGGAAAUCGCCAAAUGGUUCCUCCUCAACUCUCCUCCUGGGGAAAUCAAAUACGUUGCCAAAGAUGUCAAAUCCAUUCUGAACAACGACGAUUUGUACAAUGAGGCCGCUUCCGAGGCUUUUCCCUUUUACAACAAAUCCCACUUGAUUUCCCUUCAAAUGGCCAAUCGUAGCGGAGACGUACUGGUUUCUUCGUUUGGUGAACUUGAGGGUAAUGCAUUUCUUGAACCUAGAACUGCUCAAGUAGCAAUUGUUGACCAUGUUAAACAAGUUUGUACAGAUGUGAGACCUGCCACAGACGAAGAACUUGCAUCUGCAUAUGUUGAAGAAUUUCGAUGCAAUAUGGACGUUGAAGUACUUAAAUAUGUUGAAGAAGCCUAUCCAAAAGGUGUCUGCUCUGUUUACUGCAUAAAUGGGAAAGAUGUAGAGGGCCCAGGUUCGAAUUUUGAGCUUGCUGUGGUGAUUUCUGCUGUUAGACACAGCCCACAGAAUUUCUGCAACGGGAGUUGGUCUUCAGUAUGGAAUAUUGAGUUCAAAUAUGAUCAACAAGAAGUGGAAGUAAAGGGUAAAAUGCAGGUGGGUGCCCAUUAUUUUGAGGAAGGAAAUGUGCAGUUAGAUGCGAAGCACGAGUGCAAAGAUACAAUUCUUUUUCAGGCCCCCGAAGAAUGUGCAGUUGCCAUAACAAGCAUUAUUCGUCAUCAUGAAACGGAGUACUUUGCUUCUCUUGAGGCAUCAUAUCUAAACCUUUCUGAUUCGACUUUCAAGGAUCUUCGGCGAAAGCUUCCCGUGACCCGGACCUUAUUUCCAUGGCAUAAUACUUUGCAAUUUAGCUUGACAAGAGACAUAUCAAAAGAACUUGGCAUUGGAAAGUAAAUACACAGUCACACAGAACUAAUAGAAGUUUGUGUUUUUACUGGAACUGGGUGGGACAAGUUCUUCGUAUAUUCACUGCAUGUCAUAUGAUCAAGCCAAUCAUUCUUUAGGUUGACGUUCUUUAUAUUCACUCAUUUGCUUCAUGAAGCUUCCUCCUUUGUCUGAGUGAGUAUCUUCCGCUGAUGUACUGUAGUUCAUUGUAGUUCUUUUUUGACAUUAUUUGUAUAGCAGAAGAGUUCGUCUUGUUUCUGUCCAUCAUACCUAAGAAGAUUCUGAUUGCAGUUCAAAAUAUUGCAAGAAGUUGGUUCACUACU